CCGAUAAGCAAUAGUGAAGGACGAUAUUUACCAAUAUCGGAAGGCUUGUUUUUGUGUGCGGAAGAAAAUAACUUUUCUGAAAUAAAGCAUGAGUUCGGGCUUUGUGACUGAGGCUGAGGCUGCCGAGCAACGGCAGAGACGUCAAGAAGAAUGGGAACGUGUGCGUCAGCCGGAGGAUCCACUGGAACGACCCGAAGAACCCUAUGACGGACGCUCCCUUUACGAGCGCCUUAAACAGAAUAAAGACAAGAAGGACAUGGAGUACGAGGAGGCCCACAAGCUGAAAAACCUCAUACGUGGUCUGGAUGACGACGAGGUGCAGUUCCUGGAGCUGGUCGAUGCUCACAAAAUGCACGCGGAGCGCCAACAAAUGCGCGACGAAGAGCUAGAGCUAAAGGACUUUCGGGACCGGGUUGAGAAACUGCAAGAGGAGAGUGUUGACAAGAAACUACAAGCGGAACUGAAGACCACGACCAAAUCAGCGGGAGCAUCGACAGGUCGCAGCACCCAAAAGUCUCUGCUCGGGCAGGGCAUCAAACGCAAAAACGGAGAAUUACCCACUACCAGCAAGGUGGCAAAGAUCGUCGAGGAAAAUGUGGUCCAGACAGCCGCUGAUGAGGCGACUAAAGAGCAAGCGGAGAAAAGUACGAACACAACCCUUACAACAAAUGUAUACAACCAGGGUGCCCUAAAAUGCAUCGCUGUGCUACCGGGUAUCGGUUCCUACACAGAGUCUAGCGACUCGGAAGCCAGUACGGACGAAGAGGAGCCAGAUCUAUGCAGUCGGACCGACUUGUGUGGCCGUAAAAUGCCCAAGAAGAAGCAGUGUACCGAAUAGGAUCAACAUUUUAUUUGGAUUCUUAAUAUGUAGUUUCUUUCCGUGCAAGAGAAUAUAGCCUAGAGUGUAAACAAAAUGUA